AUGAAUGGGCACGCGCAGGAGGAGGAUACAGGGGAUGCUGGCGCGGCAGGGCAGGCUUCGCAGUCGCAGGCGGACCCCGCAGCAGAGAGGCAGCCGAAUAAAGUGAGGGUCACGACGCCGUAUCUGACGAAGUACGAGAGGGCGCGGAUAUUAGGGACAAGAGCGCUGCAGAUCAGCAUGAAUGCGCCUGUCUUGGUCCCUCUAGACGGUGAAACGGAUGCGCUGCAAAUCGCUAUCAAAGAACUGGCCGCCCGCAAAAUUCCUCUUGUCAUCCGACGAUACCUCCCCGAUGGCAGUUUCGAGGACUGGAGUGUUUCAGAACUCAUCAGCGACUACGAUUAA